AUGUCUUCUUCUAUUCCAUAUGAUCCAGAUGAGUUUGAUAACAAUCCUUUCGCUGAACCUGCUCCUCAAAGUCAGGAUGUUCUGGAACAUAAUCCCUAUGCAGAUGAUGGUAAUUCAAGAUCUGAUAUAGGACAGGGAGAACAGGGAGAACAAGGUGAAGAACAAGGUGAAGAACAAGGUGAAGAGGAACAAAAGGAACAACAACAAGAUCAAGGACAAUCCCAAAAUGAAGCCAAGAGAGAACUAUUGGCCAAAUUAAUCCCUGAAAGAUUUGAUACAAAACAUAAUUAUAAAAUUAAUGUUAAAGUUCAUGGAAUUGAAAGAAUUGGUUCAUUAAAUAAUAAAAAGGAAAAUCCAACAAUUAUAUUUGAUUUAUCAACAAAUUUAAUACAUUUUAGGAAAAAAUCAUAUAAACAUGUCAAAAAGACAUAUCAAGAAUUUGAAUCAUUUUUUAAAUUUUUAAAUGGUGCAAAUCCUGAAUGUUUUAUACCUUCAUUACCAAAAGCUUUUACAAAUUAUGGUAUAGCAAAUGAAGAAGAUUAUAAGAAAACUUUAUCAAAUUUCCAAAAAUGGUUUAAUAGAAUUAAUUCAAAUCCAAUAUUAAUCCGGAAUGAAGAAUUUCAAUUCUUUAUUGAAAGUGAUUUAAAUACUUAUUCACCAAUAAAUAAAUCAAAAUUACCAGCUUCAGGUUUGAAAAGGAAAACUUUAAAACAAUUACAACCUCCAUAUGAUGAAGUCUUAGAAUUAGCAGAAUUUAGACCUUUAAUUAAAUCAAUUUAUCAAAAAACCAAUUUAAUUUUAGAAAAACUAGAAAAAUUAAAUAAAUUGAAAAAAACUCAGUCAAUAAAUGAAAAUGAAUUAGGUAAAAAAAUUAUUGAAUUAAAUAAUUUAGAAAAUUCUCACCCAGGUAUGUCAAAUUUAUGGAAAAAAUUUGGUAAAACAAUAAUAAAUUUAGGUGAUUUAAAUUCAAUUAUAAGUUCAUUAGAAUUAGCAACAUUAGGUGAUGGUUUAGAACAAAUUAUUAAUGAUAGUUAUACAAUAAAAGAAGCAUUAACAAAUAGACAUUUAUUAAUGAGAGAUUUAAUUAAUGCCCAAUCAAAUACUCAAUUAAAACAUGAAAAUGCAAAAAAAUUAAAAAAUAAAAGAGAUAUAAAUCCAAUUAAAGUUGAUGAAGCUAUAAAAUCUUUAAAAGAUGCAACAAAUUAUGAAGAAUUAUUAACUUUAAAAAUUAAAAGAAUAACUGAAAAUAUGUUGAUUGAAAAAUCACAAUUCUUGGAAUAUCUUGAUUUAUUAAUUAAACAAAUUUUUAAAGAAUUUGUAUUGAAAAAAAUUGAAUAUGAACGUAAAAAAUUAUCUACAUUGGAAAAAGUUAGAAUUGAUGUUAGAUUAGUUGAUGAAAAUGGUGGAUUAUCAAGAUUAGGUAGAGAAUCUUAUCCAAUAAAAAAAUCAAUAAAUAAAUCAAGUCAAGGUCCUGAAGGUGAUCAUUGGAAUGGAGAUAGAAAAUCAACACAUUUCCAUGAUGGAUUGUUAGGAAAUGAUGAAGAAGAAGAUUUAGAAGAUUCAAUUGAACCUAAUAAUGAAGAUAAUUUAGAAUCUGAUGAAGAUAUUGAAAUUGAUGCAAAAAAUGCUGCAUCUAUAUUAGGUGGUUCAACUUUUUGA